GCUGCUUGUAGUUCAGUUUUCUCUCAGCACGGAGUAACAGCAAGAGAUGACACCAACUUGACUUAGAAGACAAGGCCACUGGGAGUCAUGUCCAGUCACUAGAACGCAGUGGGAAGCAUCAGCAGCAGGAGCAGCGAUAGACAGCAGUCAUCAUGAUCGACCUGAGCUUCCUGACAGAGGAGGAGCAGGAGACCAUUCUGUCAGUGUUGAAAAGAGACGCUGAGCUGAAGAAGACUGAGGAGCAGCGUGUCCAGAAUCUGCAGAAGAGGGUGGGUGACAGAAGCCAGCUGAGGUACCUGACAGGAGAAUGGUUCUACGAGACCAAGCAAAUCCGCCACCAGGAUCGUAUCCAUGGUUCCGACAUCAUCAGAGCAUCUAUGAAACACACACAUAAAUCACUAACUAUACUGGAACUGUCACAGAUAUUACCAGAGAGGUCCAGUUUUGUCAGGAGUGAAAAUAAAGAAGUGUUUGUCCCACCUGCACUCUGUGGACUCCUUCAGGAGCCUCACGCGCAGCUUAACAGUGAGGGGGAUCAUAAUCUGAAUGAUUAUCAAUCACUGCAAGAUUCUGCAAAACCAGUUUUACAGUCGCCCACUAAGAGAAAAAAUCCAUUUAACAGUGAGCUGACUUUUAACGAAGAGGAUGAUCGGUUCCUGGAUGGAGCAGUAAAUCAAGGCCAGACACCAAAUGAGAAUGUCUCUGAGCAUUAUCAUUUGGAGCUACUGAGCCCUGCGGUGUCUAGCUUUGUUUCUGCUGAGCGGGAGUCAGGUAAGCCUGUUCACACAGAGACAGGGUCUGAAGAGGACUGUCACUCUCAGCUUGAGGCCACAGACUGGUCAGCCGGACGCAGCGUUUGUUCUGUUGAUGCCACCUCAGAUACUAAGCCCUCUCCUAAUGGCAGCUCAAAGAGUUCCUCUCUUGCCUUUUCACCAAAACUUAAACAAGGACUGAUUCGGAUGUUUACAAGAGAGCAGGAUAAAACCGCCCAAGAGCUGCAACAGAAAGAAGAGCUGAAUAUAUCUAAACAGAAAGAGCCAAGUAACACACAACAUCUCUCCGAAAUGGUAGCAGAUGUGCCCGUGGACAAACCUGCAAGUGUCAAACAAGAACCUAAACUCCCUGAAAUGGUGGAGGUCAGAACACUGCAGCUUACAGCACUGCAGAACACUCCAUUUAAAGAAACAGUGACGUCAGUCGAUGCAAACACUCAGCAGGAAGCAACAAAAGGCAGAGAUAAUCAAAUUUCAGUAAGACUAUCCAAUCUGAAAACAUUCUGGGAGAGAGAAAACAGUGGCCCAAAAGUCAUCUUUACUAGAGAAGGGCCAAGACAGGACAGCGUCGCCAAGACAGGAGUAGAAGCUUUACAUUGCCCUCAGACGAACUCCAAUAAGAAGAACAUAGACAAAAAUCUGUCACCUCAGAUAGAAAUGACAGAGGAGGAUGCUACAGGCUGGUCCCAAGACAAGAGGUUGUCACCACAGACUGUCUGCAGUGUAGAUUUAUCAAGAGACGAUGGCACAUAUAGAGCUAAUCCAGUCUUCAUCUAUGAGGAGACAGAUGACUCUGUAACAGGUUCUUUAACAGAAUCUCAGGUUUCUGAGCAAGAAGAAAACGUCAGCUCCUCUGUAUUGCCUAUUGUAGCGCUUAACACCCCAAAGCUAGGGCAGGAUAUCCCAGUUCCCCUUCCAAGGCAGUCCAGUUCAACUCAUCAAGAAGGUCGAAUAACCGAGAUCAGUGAGCCUGAAUAUUUUGGGGAGAAGGAACAUACUAGACCCAAGAAAAUCAGCGAAGUCAAGGAAGCCUCAAGCAGUUCAGUCAUUUUUCACAAGCCAGUUUCCUCUCAGUCUGAUCUCAGAACAUCUGUAGACAAUGAAGAAAAGUCUGGGAUAGGCGCAGAAACAUUCUCAUACAAAACCAAGUCUAAUGUCUUGAAAUCGUUAAAAGUGACAGAAAAGGGUUUUGUCAGUCACAGUCCAGACAGAUCACAGCUGAGAAGCACUGACAGUGUUGCAGAUGUACAAUCACCAGGUCACAGAUAUCAAGUCAUGGUUGAUACAGAGUCUCAAGAAAGGCCCUGUAGUCCCAGUAAAUUCCAAACUCCAAGAUCAAAAGACGAGGAUGAAACAGUCAGGAGGAGUCCAUCGAAGACAUGCCACCCAAAGGUCCUACCUCGAGAAUCCUCCAGCGCUAAGGGAUCCAGGCUGGAAGACUCUCCCCUGAAAACCUUUUCAAUAGACAUCAACCCCCAAACGAAAGCCACUGAGGAGCAACAAGGGAAGCCAACACCAGUGCCAAGACAGAGGAGGAGUCCCUCACAUGCAGCAAAGCAGACAGUGUCCACAGACCUUAGUGCAGACAUCACUUCCCCUCCUUUACAUCAAAGUAGUUCAAACUCCUCAACUUCACCGCACUCCAGAAAAGCUUCAGAGAAGAAUUUGGGUACCUUUACACGCCUCGCCAGAUCUUUCAUCCCUCAGGACCAUCAGCACUAUCUUGGACCAAAUGAGAAGACACACAUUCCUCAUUUUCAUCAAGACAGUGAUGCUGUACUCAGACCUAAAAGUGCAGACAGAGAAUUAGUGAGAAGUGACAGUCCCACUGAAGGAAGUCCUCAUGGAAUCAGUUCUUGGUCUGUCCAAAUCAAAGAUGGAAACUCCAGCCCAGAUGCAGCAGCCAGGGCCUGGUCUCUGUCUCAACCAACUUCAGGCAGCCACAGUGAGAGUACCAGUCCCAUCGUGUCAGCUCUGAAACGAUUAUCUUCAAGAAGCAUGACAUCAUCCAGAAGUCUGGAAAAGCUCACCUCAGAAACAAAAGAAGAAAGAACCCAAAGUAACCCAAGAGAACAAAUGAAUCUAAGUGUGGAUGAUGUUUCUUCACUUUCACCAUCAGACUCUUCUCUGUCCAACCCAAAGACAAAAACCAGCGUGUCAGUGCCUGUCCUUCAGCAGGAUGAGACAGACAGUGACAGCACUUUGGACACCAACCUGGGAUUUAAAAGAAAAGCCAGCAGCUCCAUGUCGAACAUAAGUGUCUCCUCGGGAAUGGCCUCCUUAUCGUCUCAGGUCAGUGGCAGCCUCAGCAGCAUUUACCCUUCUGACUUCGGUGACAUUGAAGUCCAGGGAAGCAUCCAGUUUGCUGUGAACUACAUUCAGAACCUUGGAGAGUUUCACAUCUUUGUGGUGCUCUGCAGGGAUCUGGCAGUGGCUGACACCAAGAAGAACUGCUCUGACUCGUAUGUGAAAUGUUAUCUUCUUCCUGACAAAACAAAGUUGGGAAAGAGAAAAACCACUGUUAAAAAGAAGAUGUUAAAUCCAACCUUCAAUGAAAUCCUCAGGUUUAAAAUCCUAAUGGAGGUGUUGAAAACUCAGAAUCUGAACGUCUCCAUUUGGCACAACAACACUUUUGGGCGAAACAGCUUCUUGGGUGAGGUGGACCUGGAUCUGUCAGAGUGGGACUUCAGAAACACACAGAUUAAUGAAUAUGCAUUAAAAGCCCGGGUCUCUACACAGACAUCAACACUCUCUGCCUCACAUUUGAUGAACAGCAGAGGUCAGAUGAGAGUCGCCCUGAGGUUCCUGCCGCAGACAUCCCACAGAAAGACAGAAUCUAGGAUGGAGACUGGUGAGGUGCAGAUUUGGGUGAAAGACUGCAAGAAUCUUCCGUCGGUCAGAGGAGUCACAAUCGACCCAUUUGUGAAGUGCACUGUGCUUCCUGACACGAGCCGGAAAAGCCGUCAGAAAACACGGGUGGUGAAGAGGACGGCCAACCCCAUGUUCAACCACACCAUGGUGUACGAUGGCUUUCGAACGGAGGACCUCAGAGAGGCCUGUGUGGAACUCACAGUGUGGGAUUAUGACCGACUGCACAACCACUACAUUGGCGGUCUGAGACUCGGGCUGGGGACAGGGAAGAGUUAUGGAGUGAAAGUGGUUUGGAUGGAUUCAACGCCAGAUGAAGCAAACUUAUGGCAAAGGAUGUUACAGUCUGAUGGUGAAUGGGUGGAGGAUGAGUUACCUCUGAGGAAGUUGGUGAUGGCGAAGAUCACGUCAAAGUGAUGUUUUACAGAAUAUGUUGAUAAAUGUGUGAAAACUACAGGAGGACAGUGUCUUUUGGAUGGAUUGAUGUACUGUAUAUACACUGAGUGGAAGCAGUAAUGAACGGCACUAUGUGUAUAUCUGAUGAUGAUUGGAUAAUAAAUGAAUACUCUAGUUUGUAUAACCCAAACCAUGUGUUCAGUUUGUCAUCUCAAAGAUGUUAAGUAUUUAUAAAGAUCAUACAAAAUAGUGCAAAUCAAAAAUUUAAAACAUGCAAUUUUGAUCUGUAAAGACACUUGAUGUAAGGGCUGAUUUGUAAAUUGUUUGACAUGAUUCCUGUAAAAUCUUUAAUAAACUGGAAAUGGUUGUGACCUGUAA